GAUGGUAUUGGCCUCUACAGUAGGAAAGAAGGCAGAAGAGGGGGAGUUUAUGAGGUAAGUUAAGAGUCUACUUUAGGUAUAUUGAGUUUAAGAAGCAAACAAGUCUUCCAGCUUGAGAUUUCCAAAAGGCAGCUGGAGAUGCAAGACUGGAGCACAGCAGGGUUUGGGGCAGAAUGGGUAGAUUUUGGAAUAAACAGCACAGAGAUGGAGAAGAGAGCCCAGGACAGAACCUUGAGAUAAUUGGAGGGCAUGAUCUAGAAAGGGAAAAAGCGCAAAGGCGACAGAGACAGAAGAAUCAGGGAGGAGAACAACCAGAUCAGUGGGUCCCAAAACCUAGCGAGGGAAUCAAGGAGAAGCUAUGAUUAAUAGAAAGUCAGCCAAGAGGUCGAGGAGAAUGAGGGUGGAAAAAAGGUCCUGAUCUGGCAGCUAAGUGAUCAUGGGUAUCUUUGGAGAGAGCCGUUUUGGUGGAAGGAGGGAUUCAGAAGUCGGAUGAUAAGGGAUUUAAGAAGAGAGAGGGGGGUACCUGUUGCAGACAGCCCUAUUGCCGAUGGCCAGACCGGUGGGUUCUUGGCCCAGCUCUGAUGUGGGGUUUUCCUGGGAAGUCUCUGGAGAGAAGGAGAGGAGGGGUUUAGGCUGAGAUUUAGGAAGAUUCCUAAAAGGAGAAUAAUGUUUGACUCGCAAUUUAAUACCCAGACUGUGUGAGCAGUCAUACCCCGAAUGUUCAUUUUAUUUGUGCCCGACCUGCGCUGGAACAUAGCGAGCUCCUAAUGGCUGAUCAGCCACGGCCGCCAGGGUUAACUCUUAGAUGGGGAGAACACGGCGGGUGUUGGCUGCAGUGGAGAGCAGCGGGCGGCGCUCGGACGGAAUCUGCGGGCGAGUCCUCGGUAAUAACUUAAAGCAGUCUGUUCCGGCCCCCGGGCCAUAGGGAGCGGGGGCGCAGAGCUCGGCGUCGCUCUCUGGCAGCUGAGUGGAGGGUGCAUAUUCCCGGCAGAGCGGGACUGGAGGCGGGGACCACUGGGCAAGGGGUGAGGCGCGCCUGACCGCCCAGGCGGAGGGAACUCGCAUCACCUGCUGAGGGAAAUGCCGCGGGCGGAUCUGCUCCGACUCAGUCUCCGGCCGCGCCUCGGAUUCCAGGGGAGGGCGGGCGGCCUGCGGGCAAGCAGUUUUGCAAGGAUCUCUGGAUAACGUAGUUCUUCUCGUACACAACUUUAACACGUCGACGUCCCAGGAACUUGCGCACGCGCAGGACGCUUUCUGCCAGAGUUGGGCUUUCUGAACGAGUUUUUCCGGGAGUAACUUCUACCGUUUGGCUCGGGUGGUCGCCGUACCUCGCAGGCAAGCACCGCAGACUUAUGGGAAUGAGUGUUUGCUCAGGCGCACUCAGUUCGCCGAAUUGACUUCUGGUGCCUGUAGUUCCCCUGGCUACGGACGGGUCCGAAGUCCGGCCAACUGUGGGCGCCUGCCCGGGACGGGAGCCCUAGCCUUGGUCCCUCUUGUGACGAGCCUCUCGCUUCGGUUGCUCUUGCACCUCUUCAUUCCGCUUCCUUUUGCCUCGAUCCGCAGCCCUUACGAUGGAUCUCGGGCCCGCCCCUGACGGGUCUCCCAUAGCCGGCCUGGGCUGGGCUUUGGCUUCGGCUGUGCCGCCCCGGGGUUACAGCGCGAUCACAAGCACAGUGGAGGGGACACCUGCCAACUUCGGGAAGGGAUUUGCACAAAAGUCUGGCUACUUCCUGUGCCUCAGUCCUGGGGAGACCGGGGCUGGCAGUGGCAACAGCAGUGAGACUCUCCAAGAAAAUGUGGUCACAGAUAUCCAGAUCCUAAAUGAGAAAACGCCUCUUCCCGUGGGCUUCACCUACAUCAGCGAGUUCCUAGAUGCCAAGGCAUCAGUAUCAAAAAAGAAACGGGUCUGCAUGAAGCUGGUCCCCCUCGGAGUGGCUGAUAUGGCUGUGUUUGAUGUCCGGCUGAGUGGCAAGAGCAAAGUGGUGCCGGGAUACAUACGUGUUGGGGAAAUAGGCGGCUUUGCAGUUUGGUGUAAGAAAGGUAAAGUCUCCAAGCCCAAACCCCUUCCUAAGCCUCGGAGCAUCAGCUUGGAGAUGAGAGGCCUGUCCCUGGAUAAGUCCAGUGACAGCCCAGGGAAGCACUCCACAUUGAGCUCAAGACAAGGGACCAUCAGGAGGAGUGAUUCCAUCUACGAGGCUUCUAGUCUAUAUGGCAUCUCAGCUAUGGAUGGGGUUCCCUUCACCCUGCACCCCAAGUUUGAAGGCAGAGACAAUGGUCCAACGGGCUUCUCUUCUUUUGCAGACCUGACCAUUAAAUCUCUAGCGGACAUCGAGGAGGAGUACAAUUAUGGCUUUGUGGUGGAGAGGACGGCAGCAGCUCGCCUGCCUCCCAGUGUCUGUUAGCUCCCGCUGGAAGAGGGAUCAGCCUUCAACAUUCUGGGAUGGCACAGCGGUGCAUUGCUGAUGACCCAGUGCCUUUCUUCUUCCUCUUGCCUUCUCUGCCUCUUGGGUGACACUACAUUCCACGGUCCCUUCUGAUGUCUGAAGUCUACAGCCUGUCCCAGCAUCUGGGACAGGCAGCUCAGCCCCCUAACAGGAGCCUGAGAGUUUGCCACUGAAGGUGCCUGGUGAAGGUGUGGGAAAGGAGGGGUCCUAAAGCUCUUCUGCCAAGUGUCAGAGGUUAUGCUCUGGCACAGGGAUCUCAGAGGGUUCCCUGCCCCCAAGGGCCUUAAACUGAAGAGGCUCUGGGAGGCAGGGAGCAAAAUGUGUGCCUUGGACUUUUUCUGGUGAUAAGCCUGCAGGACUGGCUCAAUUUGCUCUUAGUAAUAAAAACAGCUUCUUGA